AUAAAAAAGGAGACUUAGUCCAACAAUCCGUUAAUUUCCAUAACUGCAUAAUAGUUAAGUUGCAAACAUAGACCGUGAAGAUGUCGUUGAGGACGCUACCACUGCUUUUUAUUAAUCUCGGCGGAGAAAUGCUCUAUAUCCUGGAUCAACGCCUUCAAGCCCAGAAUAUACCAAUCGAUAAAGCCAAAAAAGUCAUGAAUGACAUUAUCACCACCAUGUUCAACAAGACGUUUAUGGAGGAGCUGCUGAAGCCCCAGAAGGUGUACUCAAACAAGGCCCUGAGGACAGUGUUUGAGCGCCUGGCCCACUCCUCCAUCAUGAGGCUGAAUCAUGCCAGCAUGGACAAGCUCUACGAUCUGAUGAUCAUGGCAUGCAAAUACCAAGUCCUACUCUGCCCACGGCCUAGAGACCUGCUGCUGGUGUCCUUCAACCAUCUGGACGCGGUGAAGAAUUUUGUGAAAGAUGUCCCCGGCAUCUUCAACCAGGUGGAGGAGACUCAGCGGCUGCUGAUUGAGAUGUACGUGCCGCUGUCGGCAGGAGACUUUCAGCUGAUCAGACAAACGCUGCUCCUCUUCUUUCAGGACCUGCACAUCAGGGUGUCCCUUUUUCUCAAGGACAAAGUUCAGAACUCCAAUGGUCGCUUCGCCUUGCCAAUUACAGGGCCGGUUCCCUUUGGGACAGAGGUUCCAGGGUUAAUCAGGAUAUUUGGCCCAAAGGGGAAGGAGGUGAAGCGGAUUCAGUUUCCGGCCGUUGGAAGCUACUCCAGUGCUGUACGCGAGGGCUCCUUUGACGUUUUUGGAGACAGAGUGACGGUGCUGGGCACAAACAUGUACAGCGUGAGCCGCCCAAUUGAGACGCACCUCUCUGCAAAGUCCAAAGGCUCUGCCAAGCAUGCCAAGAAGAACGCAGCACCCAACCCCCUCGCCAAGGAGGAGCUGAACCUGCUGUCCAGGCUGAUGGGCCAACUGGACGUUCAGAGCCCUGCCGACCCCGGAUUCAGGUUCCGGGUCAACCUCUUCACCACAGACGAGGAAGAGGAGGAGGCCUUCUUGUCUAGACCUGAGAACCUAUCAUAUGAAGUUAUAAAUAUCUGCGCAAUACAGGACCAGCAGGCCAAUAACGAGCUGACUCGGAUCAUGGGGGAGUUCCAAGCAGAGGCGGAGCCAUCGCGGACCCCCAGCAGUAAGGGGGAGGAGCUUCUAGCCAUGAUGGACGGGCUGUGAGGCCUAUGGCACACAGCUUCACAAGUCUCUCGUCUCCAUGCAACAUACCUGAUCACAGUAUGCUAUGCUGUACUUUGUGCUGCAGCCUCAUACUUAUAGAUAAAUGUAUAUGUUAUUCAAUACGAUAUAGUAUGAGUAUGUAUGCAUGUAUGUGAAUAUAUACAGUGUCGUGAAAAAGUAUUUGCCCCCUCCCGGUUUAUAUAUAUAUAUUAUCAUUGUAUAUUUGUCACACUGAAUGGUUUAGGAAUUAUAGGAAGGGUUUGGUUGCACUUAUUGCAGCAAAAGGUGGUGCAACCAGUGAUUAAGUUUACUUUUUCCACUGGGCAUUUUUUUAAUGUUUUUUGUUUCCUCAGGCUCCCUUUUGCUAAUAUUCAAUUAUGUCUAAAGAUCUGCAGCCAUUCAGUGUGACAAAUAUGCAAUAAGAGGAAAUCAAGAAGGCGGCAAAUACUUUUUCACAGUAAUGUAUAUAGACAUGCCCUUCUGUCUACUAUAUUUCAGAUGCUACACUGUUAUAUCAGUAAGUUAUUUAUUUAUUUGCUUAUUUUUGACAAAAACCUCAUUUAUGACUUUAAAAAUUACAGGGAUUUUGUGAGUUAUAGUAACUAAUACUGUGUGAUUGAUUAAGAGGACACUCUGCCUAAAUGCUUUACCGUGGUUGAAGUCACCCCCAUUUACUCAGGUUUUCCCAUUUUCAGUCUUUUAUCAACUUUGUAAGAUAGUUUUGGAAAUGAGUGUGUGUGUGUAUUAACUGUACUGAAUGAACUUUAUACUUUUAUGAUAUGAAUGUGUGUAUGAAUGCAUGUAUACACUGCAUAUAUUUGGGGAAUGUAUGUGUAUAUAAGGUUGACAGGCACAGCAUCUAAAGUUAGGGGUGUGUGUGUUCGUGUGUUUUAUCUUUCAGAACUCUUUUUAUCUUUCAGAACUAAUUUGAAAGAUAAAAGAAAGUUCCUUUCUGCAGGUUAUAAGUGCCCUUGUCACUUCAGUUUAGCAGCCAUCAGCUGAGAUGGUUUAUAGAAGCAAUAUAGCCUACAUUAAUCUUCAUGUUUUCAUAUUGUUCAAAUAACAUACAGUAAGGAAAUGAUCAGCUAUGUCUUUUCAAUCAUGCACACCUCCAUUAAGUUUAUUUCUGAGUGCAUUUCUGUGCAAAACAUUUUUGGUUUACUGCAGCAUGCUUAGCUUGAGAUUAAACCUCAGGUUUCAACCUCUGGACCACAGAACUGCAUUACAAGUGAAACAGCUUUCUAAAUCUGUGAAACAAAGACUAGCAGUUCCUGUUGUAAUGCAGUUUUGUAUGAUGUAGGGAUUUACCUAAGAUUUAAACGCAAGCCAAGCACACUGUGAUUAACUCAGUGUGGUGUCCGUUUCACAAUGU